AUGUACAUCACUCUCUACUUUCUCGUCACUCGUCUCCCUGAGUCCCUUCGUGUAGUUAGGGACCAGUUUCUCUCUGUCUGUCCCACCACCCUCACCGUCGACCUCCUUGAGGAGUCCCUGCUAGCGGCUGAGAAGAGCAUCGUCGCUGUAGGGGCCUCUCGGGACGCCGCACUGACAAGGGCAAAGGGGGCAAGGGAGCGGGUGGAGCUAGAGGGGGCGGUGGCGGGGGAGGUGGGGGUGGCGGGGGGAGUGGGGGUGGCGGUGGAGGUGGUGGCGGGAGUGGAGGUACUGGUGGAGGCGGUGGAGGCGGAGGUGGCGGCGGAGGAGGUAGCGGAGGAGGCGGGGGUGAGGGUGCCGGUGGGGGCGGUGGCGGUGGAGACGGGGGUGGCGGUGGAGGCGGGGGUGGCGGUGGCGGCGGGGGUCGGAGUGGCUCGUCUCAGCGGAGCAGCUCUGGGGGUGGUCAGCGCCAGCAGCAGCAGCCGCAGCAGCAGCCACAGCAGCAGCAGCGCUCUCGCACCGUAG